AUGAUCAAUAUUAAGGGAAUAUUUGCACUGCUGAUGAUUAUUACUCUCAGUCGAUAUGAAUUGCGCUUGGUUACUCAUUCUUACCUUUUAGCCUUUUUUCUGCCAACAAUCCAAUUCAAACUCUCAGACAUUGGUGAAGGUAUAGCCGAAGUACAGAUUAAAGAAUGGCAUGUUAAAGUCGGCGAUGAAGUUUCACAAUUUGAUAAUAUAUGCGAGGUUCAAAGUGACAAAGCAGCAGUAACGAUUACUAGUCGAUUUGAUGGUGUGAUCAAAAAACUAUAUUUCAACGUUGAUGAUGUGGCUCGUGUAGGCCAGCCUUUAGUUGACAUCGAAGUUGCCGAAGGAGUUGCUGAGGAAACAGCGGAGCCGGCCAAAGCGGAAGCUCCAAAAGAGCCAGAACCUGCUGCAGCGGAGGCUCCCAAACCUGAAGCUCCGAAGGCUCCUCCACCAUCUGCUACGACUGAACUCGAGCAGGAAAUCAUAUCCGGGAAGUUUUUGGCAACACCAGCUGUUCGCAGAAUUGCCAUGGAAAACAAGGUUGAUCUCAAAAAAGUGAAAGGCACCGGUAAGGACGGGCGUAUCUUAAAAGAAGACGUUUUGAAGUUCCUCGGACAGGUUAGCGAAGAUUAUCAACCAGGUGCCACAAAUAUUCGAUCAUCGCCGGCAUUUGGUGCGCGACCUGCAGUGAAAGAGUACGCUCCUCUCACUGAAGAUCGUGUUGUGCCUAUCCGUGGCUACACUCGCGCGAUGAUCAAAACAAUGUCUGAUGCACUGAAAAUACCACAUUUUGGCUACGACGAUGAGAUCUGUGCGGACGAGCUUAUCGUACUUCGAAAACAAGUCAAAGAAUUUGCUUCAGAGAGAGGCAUUAAACUAACUUUUAUGCCGUUCUUCAUCAAGGCUGCUUCAUUGGCCCUCCUGGAGUUCCCGUCUCUCAAUGCAUCAACAGAUGAAAAGAUGGAAAACGUGAUUUACAAAGCUUCGCAUAACAUUUGCCUUGCCAUGGAUACUCCAGGUGGUCUCGUCGUACCCAACAUCAAGAACUGCGAACAGAGAUCCGUUUUGGAAAUAGCUGCGGAGCUGCAGCGACUACAAGAGGACGGUAAACGAGAGAAGAUCUCUCGCGAAGACCUUGCUGGAGGCACAUUCACCCUCAGUAACAUUGGAAAUAUCGGAGGGACGUAUGUCAGUCCUGUGAUUUUCCCUCCACAAGUCGUUAUUGGUGCGUUGAGUAAGAUACAGAAACUACCCAGAUAUGAUGAAGAUGAUAACGUCGUUCCCACGAACAUAUUGAAAGUUUCUUGGGCUGCUGACCACCGGGUUGUCGACGGAGCUACAAUAGCUCGCUUCAGCAACAGUUCCAAACUUUACGUGGAUCUUUGGUAA